AUGCAAUACGAUGGUACCAGUAAAGUUUGCGAAGGCAUUGGUCGUCAAAUUUUAACUUUAGGUCGUCGUUUAUCACCAUUUGAGGUAUACACACGUAUUAAUGAAAUCACAGUUGCUGAUGUUCAACGUGUUGCAUAUACCCUUCUUCGUGAUGUUUCACCAGCAGUUACUGCCAUUGUUCUAACUGCAAACUAUCAUGAUUACAAUUGA